GAGCCGGUUCAUAGAGCCGACUCGUUGUCGAACGACACAUCACUAGCUUGUUGCGAAGUUGCUGACGCUAACGAGAGCGAUAUAGUGAAAAAUAGGAGCUGCUUAAUAGCGUAUUGUGUUACUGUAGUUAUAUUGAACGACUGUAGAGUAAUAUUUAAUACUUGUAGAAUAGUCUGCUCGUCGCCAAGACGUUGUGGGUAUACAGGAAGUGAUGCUGUAACGUCGAUUAGGAGCAUCAAUGCUUCAAGACGAGGCUGCAAGGCUGAAAUCCAGCUAGCUAGCUAUUAGUUAGCUAGCUUGCUACGCUAAAGUCACCGCUUAGUGCCAAUGAAGCUGAAGUAAUAGCUUGGACAGUCCUCGUGCAUGUGACUCAGCUAAUAGCAGGCUGCUAAUCGGGGAGGACUGAAAGGGUUCGUUGACAUGUCGUCUCCAUCACCGGUGCAAAUAAGGGAGGCAAACGCGCAUCUGGCUGCUCUGCACAGGAGAGUCGCAGAUCUGGAGCAGAAACUCGAGGCAGCCGAGAACACGCUGAGGGAGCAGGCAGAGAGUCUGAUCCGAAAGGACGAACAACUCAGGGCAGCAACACAGGAAAUAACCGAGAACAAGGACAGGGAGAUUUCCUACCUCCAUGAGAAGCUUUGUCAGUCAGAAGAAUCCAUUCAGAAACUCCAGCACAUGGUGAAGGAGAAGGAUUCCCUGAUUGGGCAAUUGCAGCACCGCUGCCAGCUGUUGGACAACAUCUGCAAAAGCCGUCCUCUGUUAGACAGCAUGUUGGCCCAGAUGGCUGAGGUGGAGAGAAUGGGGCCUGUUAUUGACUUGGUAAAUAUCACAGCAGACACUUCACUCACGGAUGGAGAGUCCAACUGCAGCCCCUGUGGCCUCUCCAAUCACAAAGACUUUUCCCUCAGCGAGGAUGACAUGGACGAUCCAGAGCUAGAGGGUGUAAUGUUUGGAACGACAGUAUGAAAAUAACUGUGGAAUGAUCAUGUUUCCAUAUUUUCUGUCUUUGGUAGAGCAGAUGUGGAACUUUGAGAAGCAUGGGCCAGCUUUUGAUUGAUUGAUUCUUUUCAUUCAAAUGUGUAUCCAGUCCAGUUUAUUUCUUGUUUUUAACACUACCAUGGGUAUGACUCAGCAAGAUGCUCCCAUGACAUUAUCUCAGUAAAGAUGGUUUAACUAUCAUGGCCUAAGACCAUAAUUCAAGAAGUUUUAACCCCAUAUCUAAAUUAUUUAGGAACCGUCGUUCAGCAAAAUAAGAACAUGAGAAGCCUCAACCAUAUUGUACAUGACCUACAUCCCUUGGUGUCUCAUCAGAUUUGAUUCUGUGCCACAAACAUUUUUAUACAAAUGCAAAUGUUACUGAGUAAACACAAACAUUACUCAUAUGUUGAGAUGGGUCAAGUCAAACCGAAGUUGAUGUCCGGUUUGGUUGCCAAUAUUCUUCACACAACUUGUAAAUGCUUUAUUCUUAAUUGAGUUGCAAUUCCUUUGUAGCAUUAAUUUUAGGUCACAAAAAUCCAUUUUAUUUCAAGUUACAUGUUGAAUUUAAUCUGAACACAUGCAAGUUUUAACAUUAUUUGAGGGGGGGGGGAAUGGUUCGUUUCCUGAUCAACUUGUUUGAUGGUUUGUUUCAUUCGUCCCUCAAAAUGAUUUAUGCGAGUGGGUAACCAUUGCACAGAUUCUAGCUAUCAACUGUCCAAUUUGGAACAUUACAGCUAGAAAAAAAAAACCUGUUAAAUAUCUUACUGUUUUAUGCAAAGGUGAAGUGUGCUACUGCAUCAUGGCACAGUGCUUGUGUUAUCAGGGCAUGUGUGUUACAUUUUAUUUUCUACAGAGUUAAUUGGUGCCUCAAAUGUGAUCACUUGGUCUAUGGAAUUAUUUAUUCUACAUUAAUAAACUAUUUUGCUAUUCUA